AUGGUUCAAACGGGCCACGCAGUCGCCGUCGCCUUCGCGCUCAAUAUCGCCGCCGGUGCAGCAACGAUUCUAGGCGGUAUGGUCGUCUUCAACAAGCGUCUCGUGUACUUGGCCAACCCGCUGAGUCUGGCUGUGGCUCUGAGCGUCUCCGCAGGCGUCAUGCUGUUCAUUUCGCUAGCCGAGAUUUUCGGCGAAGCUGUGGACUCGCUGACCCUGGGCAUCAAGACCGACGAUAUGUCGGAGGACACCGCCAAGGGCCAUGGUUGGCUUGCGGCCGCCUGCUGUAUGGUCGUCGGCAUCGUGCUCAUUUACGCGAUCGAUGUGAUCGUGCGCAUGAUCUCGCCCGAGCACGACCAUACGGAAAUCGACAACCUGGAAAACCUGCAAGACAAUAUGGCCUUCCACGACUCCAAGGAGAGCCAGCAGCUGAACUCCCCGGUUGUCCAGCUUGAGAGCCAAGCCAUCCCAAGCUCCAACACCGGCGUAUACUUCAAGAUGGACGACACGGCCAAGAAGAACCUGCAGCGAAUGGGUCUGCUCAGUGCGCUGGCCAUUGGCAUUCACAACGUCCCCGAGGGUAUCGCUACGUACGCUGGAUCGAUCCAGAACUCUUCGGUUGGGUUCUCCCUCGCCUUCGGCAUUGGUCUCCACAAUAUCCCCGAGGGAAUCGCAGUGGCAGCACCGAUCUACUUCGCCACGGGCAGUCGCUGGCGGGGCAUUAUGUGGUGCGUUGUCUCCGCUAUUGCGGAGCCGCUGGGCGGGGUGAUCGCAUGGCUGGCUAUUGGCGACGGCAUGGACCACAUCUCGGAGGGCAUUCUGUACGGCCUCGUUUGCGGUAUCAUGGUUUGCAUCUGCGUCAAGGAACUGCUGCCGACCGCCUUCCGCUUCGCCGGCGACAAGACGCAUCUCGUCGCAAUGGGCAUCUUUUUCGGGAUGUUUGUGAUGAUCACCAGUCUCACUCUCUUCGGCUACGCUGGCGCAUAA